AUGGAAGCAUCAUCUGCGGGUCGGACUAAUAUUAGUAAUGUUUCCGAAUCAAACCGAAAUGCGAACGGAAUAAGCGAAGGGGACUUGGCCGGGAAUGACGCUUCCAUGGUGACCGCUUCAGUCAGCCUGGCUCUCAUCAUGCUAGUGUCACUACUGCUGAACAUCUUGGUGACAGUCGCUGUCGCUAGAGGGAUGCGGAGUCAUAAAAUGAACAACUCGCUUCUGAUGCUGAAUUUGACCGUGUCCGGGCUUGCUCUGACCAUCCUAGGGAUGCCGCUGUCCCUGGUGUCCGUGUUCGACAGAGGGCUAUUGCUGAGUGGACUGGACAGUCUUUGCAACGUGAAUGGUUUCGUGUCCGUGUUCCUGGCCAUGGCAACCACUCUGUCUCUCACGGCCAUCGCAGUAGAUCGCUACCUUGCCAUCUGUAAAGCGGCCAAGUACAGGAUCAUCCUCACGCCCUCCCGCACACACACCGUUCUGGUAGCCAUCUGGGUCGUCUCUGCCAUCGGCGCUCUUCCUCCGGUCUUCGGGUGGGCGGAGUUCGAGUACAACCCGGCUACGUACCACUGUUCCCCCGCUUGGCACUCCCCGCACGGCUCGGGCUACCUCGUCUUUUGCCUGAUCGUUGCGAUCGUUCUGCCAAUUGGUGUCAUGCUCGUCUGCUACACGCUUAUUUUCGUAACGGUUCGUAGAAGUAGUAGACGGGUCGCAUCGAUGAAUGAACAGAACAACGCACGAAACAGAUCUUUGGAAAACGGACUGAAAACGGUUACCGGUACGGAGCGUCCUAGCCUGUAUCAUAACGAAGUCAGGCUGCGGCUUGGCGGUGAAAAUGUGGAGACUGAAAAACAGGACACUGUGUUUUCGAUUCGACUCCAGUGGCGACCAAAAAGUGAGCCAAAUCGUGAAACCGAAACAAACGACGAGGACAUCGGCAUCGGCGCUGCUAAGGCACGCUUACUGCAUAGGUCGCUAUCGUCUCAAUGCGAGGAGAGCAAGAGACAUACCUACAGUUACUGUGUUGAAGGCUGCGGCAAAAACACAGCGUUCCAUGUCUACACAGCUUUCCAUGCCUCCACUGCGUUCCAUGUCAACACAGCGUUCCAUGUCAACACAGCGUUCCAUGUCUACAGAGCGUUCCAUGUCUACACAGCUUUCCAUGCCUCCACUGCGUUCCGUGUCUACACAGCUUUCACUGCUGCGUUCCAUGCAUCCAGUGCGUUCCAUGCCAACACAGGUUCCCAUGGCAACACAGCGUUCCAUGCCAACACAGGUUCCCAUGGCAACACAGCGUUCCAUGCCAACACAGCGUUCCAUGGCAACACAGGUUUCCAUGCCAACACAGCGUCCUAUGCCAACACAGGUUCCCAUGGCAACACAGAGUUCCAUGGCAACACACGUUUCCAUGGCAACACAGUGUUCCAUGUCAACGAAUGUUUCCAUGGCAACACAGCGUUCUAUGUCAACACAUGUUUCCACGCCAAAACAGGUUUCCAGACCAACACAGCGUUCCACGUCAACACAGCGUUUCACAGACAUUUUGAAGAGAGAAGAAGCGUGGACAUCCCGAAAGCGUUCCGAGUCAGCCAGGGGAGGAGGGUUCGCGAUCAGCAGAGAAAACAGAGGAAAAUCGCCAUCACCGGUGUGAUGCUGGUAUUGGCGUACAUCACAUGUUGGGGACCCUACACCAUUCUUAACGUACAGGCCAGCACGGCGCCGCUGUGGGCCUACACCCUGGCCAUGUGGCUGGGCUAUACCAACUGUGUGGUCUGUCCCGUGGUGUACGCGCUCACCAACAGGCACGUCAUGCAGGAGAUCAGGGCACUGUGCGCGCCGCGGCAACAUGCGGGGAGAUAG